CUGAAACCAAGCGUCGUCAUGACAUUAGUCCACGUAUUGGUUAAGUACAACACGUUGUGUCGAGAGACUCUGUAAUCGGAGUUCGGGGACACUCGACCUGUAGGCCUUACCUCAACAUGCGGACUAGAGAUGAUGGAGUUACUUGUCUCAUCCUACUCUUUGUUUUGUUCAGUGAAAAAGUAAAAGCUGAUUUCCUCUUACGUCCAGUAACACAGAAAGUGCGCAUCGGAGCCGCAUUCCAUCAAGCUUGCAGCACUAUCAGCCAUCCCAUGUUCAUUGAGUGGUACCAAAACCAGCAAAAGGUUGGCAGUUGUCUCUUUCAAUCGAACACCACAAGCUCAGCAAUCAGCAGCCUUAAGUACAAGCUAUUCAUCGGAAGGAAAUGGAAUCAUUUUAUCUGUCAUCUGGCUGUAACGGACGCUUCUUUGGCACAGAACGGGGAAUACUCAUGCCGGACCGUGCAUGCCAAUUCUGACGGAGAAUCUGCCUCUGCAAUUGUUGCUGUUUUCACCCCGAUUCAUGAUGUCCAGUUGCAUGUGGAAAAUGAAACCACGUUGAGUGUGGAUCAGACGGUUAAGAUUGACUGUAUCGUGAAAGGUGGGAGGCCAAGUCCCAAACUGCGAAUGAUGCUGGGAGGUGAAUUGGUCACUCGGACAACAUUCGCACAGAAACUGGACGCAUCAGGAUUGACCAUAGGCAAUCUGAGCGCCACGGUCACACUAACCAACAUGCACCACUGGAAUCUGCUAACUUGUGACGUGGAUAUGGAUGCGUACCGGAGCAUAAAUCGAACAUUCAAGGUGAUCCACCUGCACGGAUACCGUCCCUUGGAACUAUGAGCAGCCAAACACCGUGGAGACUCAAAUUUACUAUUGCUUACAAGAUCUGCUUUUCUUAAGUGGUUUCCCAUUUCCCAGUUACUUUUCUGCUUUGUCCUGUUGGUCACACGUAGUGUAUUCAUCUGCAUUUACGUUUUUC